AUGCCGCCCCAUUUCGGCGGCCCCAGGAAGCGACGUCGCGAAGGCUACAACAUCGACGUGAAGCUCGUGGAGAUCUAUGAAGACUUGGCCAGCGAGAAAGAUGAGAUCCGGCUCAAGGCUGCCCAAGGCCUUGUAUCGCAAUUCACACCCGACCAGAACCCCACCGAUGAACAGAUCAAGAAGGUGCUGCAGAGACUCUUCCGCGGUCUUUGCAGUAGCCGCAAAGCUGCCCGAAUUGGUUUCUCUAUCGCCUUGACUGAGGUUCUCACCCAAGUCUACUCUGCCCCACGCGAGUCUGCGGAGUUUAAGCUUUCGGAUGCUCUUCAGCUUUGGCAAGUUCAGACCCAUGCAAGUGGUGGCGAGUCAGGUCAAGAACAACGCGAUCACCACUUCGGUCGCCUGUUUGGUGCUGAGGCAAUUAUCAAGUCCGCCAUACUUUUCCAAUCCGGCGUUCCUUUCGAGUAUUGGACCAAGGUCCUCAUCCUGAUCUUCGACCUCGCCCAGACCAAGCCAUGGAUCAGAGAGGAAUGCGGUUGGAUCCUUUACCGCUGUGUAUACGAUCUCGCCGCUCGCGAUAUGGAUGCGAAGUUUGUGGAGGCUGUCUUGGAAGGAUUGUGCACUCAUGAGUUGGCUCGUUCACCGGAAGGUGUUGCGGUUUGGCUGGCUGCCAAGGACAUGUUCCCCAAGGUCAACUAUCCUAGCAAGGUUUGGAAGCACGACGACCCGCUGGAUACCAAGGAGCGCAAUAAUUUAUCGAAGAUCAUGAAGGAGUCCUCUGCCGAGGAAGCCCAGGGUGAGAACAAAGCCAAGUCUUCUGGUGUCUGGAACUCCAAGCUUCACUUUGCCUGGGAUGCGGUCAUUUCACGAACUGGCGAUAGCACCCCGUCGAAGUCAAAAUCGUCUCGUCUGUCAUUCAGCGAUUUCUGGAUCGAAGUUGUUGAUAAUGGAUUGUUCGCCUCGUCUUCAUCCGAUGAACGCAAAUACUGGGGAUUUCUUCUGUUCACCAAGAUUCUCAACGAGGGUUCGCCCGAUCAGGCGUCUCAAGUAUUCAGCAAGAACCUGGUUCGUUGCUUGACAAACCAACUUGCCGUUGAAGAUCGCUACUUGCACCGGAUGGCGGUCAAGUCCUCCAAGGCAAUUCAAAGCCGUGUGUCCAAGGAGCCCGGGUUCGCAUCAGCAGCAGUUCGCGGUCUGAUGGGUAGCAACGGCGCCGUAAACUUCGACCAGGCCACUAAGACAAAGACCAUUGAGAAGAUUGUGGCAGAUGCCAACCGUGAGGCCCUGGAGGAUAUUGUUCCCUUAUUCGAAAAACUCAUCAACCGCCCUGAAGAAAGUGACGAGAAACUUGCAGCCUCCAACCGCCAGUUUAUCGCUGGCCUCCUUCUCUCAGUGGUGCGGGCAAAGGCUUCCACUGGAAACAGUGAAGAAUCCGAAGACGACUUCCAGUCAAAUCUAGAGCAGAUUCUGUUUAUUCUUGUGCGCUUCGCAUACUUCCCGAACACCGCCAAUGCCUCCACCGCCCCACAACCUGCCCUCUCACAGGCGACCCAGGAGAUGCUGCGCAAUCGGAUCAACUCCUCAUUGAACAGUCUCCUUGCAUCACAGAAGUACACUUCGUCAAUUCCUUACGCUGUUGUAAAGCAAAUUCGUGAUGCUGCCAAGUCAGAAGAAUAUGGCAGAUUUAUCAUCAACAUCGAUGAUAAGCUGCAAGAGUCGAUCAAGACUGCAUUCAAGUCACUGAAGAAGCUCUCCAGCAAGGAAAAGAAGGGCGAGACAUCUAGUAUUUCUGCCUUCAAGCUCCUCUACUCAAUGACCGUCUUGCAGGUGUACAAUGGUGACCCUGAUGCCGUGUCGAUGCUUGACGAGCUUGAGUUCUGCUAUUCCAAGAUCAUGGAUGAUCAGGACUCAGAGGAUGCUUCCGACGCAUCGGAUGCCCUGGUUGAAAUCUUACUUAGCUUUGCAUCAAAGCAGUCUCAGCUUUUCCGUCGCAUGAGCGAGCAGGUCUUCGGUGCGUUUGCUGAUCAGGUAUCAGAGACCGGUCUGGAGUCUUUCAUUUCCAUCCUUGAGGCAAAGGAGAGUCUCGCUGGACAACAAGAAAUGUUUGAAGACCAAAAUGAGGGAGAAGAAGAGGAAGAGGAUGACGACGUUGAAGAAAUCUCAGGAGACGAAGAUGACAAGAUGGACGUGGACAGCGACGUCGAAGUCGUUGAAGGAGGCAAUGACUCCGACUCCGAUGACGAUGACGAGGAAGCCUCAGAUGAAGAUGAGGAAGACGCCGCUGAAGUCGCUGCCUUUGAAGCCAAGCUCGCUGCCGCACUAGGCAACCACGGCUUAGACAAAGAUGGAGACGACUCCGACUCCGAUAUGAACGAUGACGAUAUGGAUGCCGUCGACGAACAACUAGCCAACGUCUUCCGCGCCCGUCGUCAAGUAACAUCUCAACAAAAGGACAAGAAGGGUGCACGUGAGAACAUGGUGAACUUCAAGAACCGUGUCCUCGACCUCAUCGAGAUCUUCAUCAAAAAGUGCCACUCCCGCGUCCUAGCAUUGGACCUGAUUCUCCCUCUCCUCCGUCUCUCCCGCCGCUCCUCCGUGAAGCAGAUCGCCAAUAAGGCCAACAGUGUGCUCCGCGAGUACACCAAGCUAUGCAAGGGAUCCGCCGUCCCGAAGAUUGAGGGCGAGACGGAUUCUGUCUGGGAACUCCUGCGCUCUAUUCACAAGGAGGCAGGGCACAGUGGGCCCCCGACUCAUGCGGCUGCAAGUAGCCAGGCUAGUCUGCUUGUUGUCAAGGUGCUCGUUGCGCAUGACAAGGCAUCUAUUGCUGGAGUGGUCGAUGUCUAUGGUGAGACACGGAAGGAUCAGCUUUGCAGCACCAAGUGUCAUGUGCAGCCGUCAUUUUUCACAGAGUGGAACAACUGGUGUGUUUCGGCGAGUAAGCAGCUUAAGAACUGA